GCCUCUUUUACAAUUAUUGCUAUCUCAUAAGGUGUCAAUUGACGUUGUAACAACAAUGUUUUAGUAUCGAUUUUAGACUAGGAACUUUAUCAUUUAAAUUAGAAACAACUAGACUUAUUUCGUUCUUAUAAAGAACGCAAUCAAAAAAGGAAUGAUUUAAUGUCUCAUGCGUGGUAUUGUGACAAGAUUAGAACGGAUUGUCGACUCUGUCCUUGUCGUACAGAUCUUUUCUCAACUGAGAAAAGCCAACUGUAAGACGACAACAAGUUAUAUCAAUAUUUAGUAUUCACGGUAUUCUCAGACAGAGGGGUUUGGACAGCAGACAAGAUCUGAACUUCCCAACAGACUGAACCAGCCUAAUUUCUUAAGGCAACUCAUUAUAUUCACGUAAUGUACGAAAUCAUCGAUUCAUAAAUCAUAUUUGGCCGACAACGAGCCAAAGGCUGCCUCUCAUGACUACUUUCUGUUUCUGCUGCAGUCGCUUUUCGACGAAGAGUCAUAAACCAUUUAGCAGCCUUUUAAGGAAUAUGUUUUCUAUAAGUGCUAGAUCAAGAUGAAAACCCUCAUAGCUCGCCUUGUAGAAAACUGUUUGCACUACAAAAUGCAGUUGUCAGAAAAAUUUAAAAAUAUGAAUUUUCGUUAAGAAAACCUUUUUUUCCAAAUUGCAGCCUGUUAUAACUGGUACUUGCGUAUUCUAAACAUACAUUCCAUCAACAAACCUCACUAGAUAAGUUAGACACUGCCUAAUUCAUAUCAAUUUUUUGUUGAAAAAUUGAAUUUUCAUUUACUCUUUAUCUGAAGAUUUAUUUUGUGUUAGGAAACCAGUGGCCCUCACCGUCUUCCAACCGAUCAGUCAAAUCUGAAACUGAUUCUGAUUCUGAAACUGAAUUUAAUGUUAGUGGUGAAGACAGUAACGAAAUUGAAGAUCAAGAUAAUAAAGUUAAAAAUACACGACCGUUUUUUCGAAUUCGAAAACCGUAUAUUUUUAAAUUUUUAAAAUUAAACUCUUCUGAAUGGCCUUUUAUUUUGUUUGGUACCCUGGCAUCGUUACUCUCUGGCGGUGUAGAACCCUCAAUUGCAUGGGUCUAUUCGAUAAUUUAUGGUCUAUUAGCCGAACCGAAUCUUGAAAAACAAGCAAGUGGUACACGUAAUUUUGCUUUAGUCAUACUUGCUAUUUAUAUUUGUGGAGGUAUUUUACAACUAAUUAGUACUAUUAUGUUUGCAAUAUCUGGAGAAAAGUUAACAAUGCGAAUUCGAUCACUGUCAUUUCGCGCUCUAUUGCUAAAGAAUAUUAGUUGGUUUGACAUGCCAUCGAACAACGUUGGUCUUCUUGUUACACAAUUAUCCUCCGAUGCAUCAGCUUUCAAAGGAUUAACUGGUAUACGCAUAGGUAUGAUUGUGCAAGCAUGUGGUGCUAUACUUACUGCAUUAGUGGUCUCAUUUCAAGCUGGAUGGAAAUUGUCAUUUGUUAUGCUUUGUUUUGCACCAUUAUUGAUAUUUUCUGGUCUUUUACAAGGAAAAGUAGACUCACGACAAUCAAAAGCAGCUAAUGUUUACGCAAACGAAGGCGGGAAGUAUGCAAAUGAUGCAGUACAAGAAAUUCGAACAAUUGCUGCUCUACAACAAGAAACGUUUUUCAUUCAAAAAUAUGAACAAGCCUUCAACAAAAAUUUUAGGAAAAAUAUAUCGAAAAUACAGUUUCGACCCAUUGGCAAAGCGAUUGCCAAUUCAUUACUCUACUUUAUUCAUGUAGCUGUUUUUAUUUAUGGCUCAAAGUUGGUUGAAAAUGGUGAGAUGGAGUUUGCGAAUGUAUUUCGCGUAUUCAUCGUAAUCCAUUUUGCAUCAACAGCAACUGGAAGAAGUAUAGCAAUGAUGCCGGAUUAUUCGAAAGCUAAAUUAGCAACAAGACGCAUUACGCGUUUAGUUAAGGGGAAAUCUGUAAUUGAUCUUAAUGAUGACAUCGGAGGAAUAAAGCUGGUAAGACAAUCAAAUUGUUUUAUUAUUAGUAAAGGAAAAUUUUACUCUAUGCUGAAAAUAUUUGUAUUAAGUCUCAAGUAAACGGUGAUAUUCAAUUUAACAAUGUUUGUUUCAAUUAUCCGACACGCCCAAAGCAGAAGAUCCUGCGUCGACUCAAUUUCAUUUGUCCAGCUGGAAAAACUUCGGCCUUAAUUGGUCCAUCAGGAUCAGGGUAAAAUGAUCUGAUAUCUUUGUAAACUAAAUGCAACACCACAUGACACGGAGGAAAAGGCGAUGUUUUUCCUUCUUAGCCUCGAAAAGCAUCCCUCAGCAUAGCAGAGCAUCGCAUGCUUAGCAUCCCAAGCAUCAGAAAGCAUUUUAACGGCUCCGAAAAGGUCCCGGAGCCGCUUUUUCCCCCUUACCGCACGAGCUCAGAUAGUGUUCUGCCAUAACUUUUCUUUAAUUUAUCCAGCUGACAUAGUCACUUAAGAGACUAUUCAUGAGCCCACCGGACAUACUUGAAAAAACAUAUCAUACGAUUAAUACUUAUUUUUGUAAAUGCGUUUUGAAUUUUUCAUAAGACGCGGUAAAGUUUUUCCUUGACUAACGGCAUAUUUUGCUGUUUUAAUUUUUGUGCGUCUCAACCGUGUUGGUUCUGAAUCAACUAUAUAGUUUUAAAAAUCAAAUUUUUUAUUUAAAGUGAAUAAAAAGCAGUCAGAUGGCUAGAACUAAAAUCCAUUUCGGAGAGCACAUGAUUUUCUACAAAAUGAGCUGGUUUAUGUCGAAAAACAACUCUUAGAGAGUAUUCAGAAAUCAGCUGCACCAACGAGGAGUAGCAAAAAUAAUCGAACAUUUUAUAACGAAUUCAGCUUUUCGUCAUCAUAAGGCUGUUUUUAUUCCAAAUAAACAGCAUAUUCGUGAUCAGCAUUAAGAAGUAAGUAGCAAAACUUACCUUUGAGAAGGAAAUGUUUCGAGUAGAAACUUUGUCUGUAUUUUCGUCCAGCCCUUUUUACGCUGAGGAGGAUUCAAAGAGCAAAAACUUCAUUCUUCGUAAAGUGUUCCAAAAUCAGUUUUCCUACUCCUUAAUACUAAUCACAAAUAUACUGUUUAUUUAGAGUAUAAACAGUCUUAUGGUGACGAAAACUUGAAUGCGUUAGAAGUUUCCGGUUAUUUUUGCUAGUGCUCCUUGAUGCAGCUCAUUUCCAAAUGCUCUCUAGUUAUUUUUCGACACAAAAUAGAUCAUUUUGUAGAGAAUUAUGUACUCUCCGAUAUGGGUUUCAGUUCUAGUACAUCUGACUGCUUUUGAUUAAGAAUCGAACAGACAGUUAAAUUGAAAAAUAAACUUUGACCGUGUGAUGUGCUUUUUUGACGCUCUCAUAGAACGUCUCUUAAGAUACAUUAUGUAAGAUGCACGGAAUGCAAACUUAAAGUGAAAUUUUAUUUUCGAACAUAUCAUACACCGUUGGAUAGAGGACUUCGAGGCGAUCACGAAUAUAUGUGCUUUGAAUUUUUUUGAUACGUAUUUUUGGUCGAAAAAUUGAAAAAACUCGACAGGUAUCAAAAAUCGAAAAAUUUGGGUUCUUUUUUAAAUUGAUUUUUCCAAGUUAUGUUACAAGUUGGAACAUUCAGACGAUUUUUCCUGAUUCAGCAUCGUAAACCAAAUCAGAAAAUGACCUGAAAACCAUUUUAAACCUAAACCAUCGUCCCGUCCGCAAGGACGUCGGUAGUCGACGGUGUCAAAAACGUGACACAAACUUUGCAAACCUAUCACAGGUUUUUUUAGAGGUGCUAGACGAGAGCUUGAUACCGCGUUCGAUUCGCCGGAUUCUCCUCUUCAAAACCAUGUCGAGCUUCUUUCUAAAUUUUGUUUUCUCGCUGAGAAAAAUGGCUUUUACUAAGCACCAUACAAAAACGGCCAGGUCACUUUCGGUUGUUUUUGCGAGUUUUGUGAAAACUAGUUCAAAUAAGCUUAGAUAGGAUAAAAUCGAUGGAGAAUUCAACAGACAUACUCUCGAGAUCUCUAGAUGGCUCUCCAGAGAGUUCCAGAGGGUCUUCAGGGUUUUUUUUGUAUAAAUUAACAUGCUGAGAUAUUUCUUGACAUGUAGCUUUACAUAGUUCAAAUAAGUCAGCAUCGAUUUUAACCUAUCUAAGCUUAUUUGAACUAUUUUUCGAGCAAAACUCGCAAAAACAACCGAAGGUGC